UCUCACCUACUUUCGCUUUAUAUGAGUCAUGCUCUACUGAGGCACGAGGGCACUCUUUACAUGUCCGCACGACAACAGAGCACAGCCGUGACAAUGACGAAGAAUACUUCCAAAGCGAAGCUCCCUGUGCAGCAACUGGCAAUUCUAGCCGUUGCCAGAUUCGCAGAGCCCCUGGCUUACACCUCCGUCUGGCCGUACCUCCCCGAGAUGAUCCGCGGCUUCGGCGUCAAGCGUGACCAGGUAGCAAAAUGGGCCGGCGUCACGUCCUCCGUCUUCUCCGUCUGCCAGAGCAUCACGGCCGUUCCCUGGGGCAGGGCGUCGGACAGAUUUGGCAGAAAGCCGGUGCUCAUCCUCGGGCUUCUCAGCACCAUGAUCUGCUUCAUAGUAUGGGGCAUGUCAACGAGUCUGGCCAUGGCCAUUACCGUCAGAGCAAUCAUGGGCGGCGGCAACGGCAACGUUGGCAUCAUCAGAACCAUGGUGGCUGAAAUGGUAACUGAAAAGGAGCUGCAGCCAAGGGCCUUCUCCAUUAUGCCUCUCGUCUGGUCGCUUGGCUCCGUCGUGGGACCGGCUUUUGGAGGCUUCUUCGCCCAGCCGGCCAAGCAGUUCCCCAACGUCUUCGGCAACAUCGAGCUCUUCAAGAAGUUCCCCUAUCUGCUACCGAACCUCCUGGCCACCAUAUUCUUCCUCAUCUCCGCCGCCAGCGCCACCUUCUUCCUGAGAGAAACGCUGGCCGACAAGAAGGAACACAAGGACUGGGGAUUGCUGGUCGGAGAGCGUCUCACGCGGCUGUUCCGCCGGAAGCCGCAACUGAUUUCUCAGCGCCGGAGGUCCUUUGUCGACGGCGAGGCCACCGCGCCCCUCGUCCCGAGCAUCGUCGCGCCCAAGAAAGCCGCAACGCCAAAGAAGGAAUCUACUGGCAUGGCAGAAGUGUUUUCGUACCAGACGACAAUCAAUCUCAUUUCGUACACCUUCUUGGCCUUUCACUCGGUGGCAUACGACCAGAACAUCACCGUUUUCUUGGACUAUCCCGUCAUCCCUCGGACCCCCGAGAACACAAAGUUCCCCUUUUACUUUACGGGCGGAUUCGGCUUGUCCUCUGGAAACAUUGGAACGCUCUUCACCAUCUACGGCGUCACUUGUGGAUUGAUCCAGUUUCUCAUUUAUCCGCCAUUGGUCAACCGCUACGGUGUUUUGAACUGCUUCAAAGUGGUCU